AGGCCCAUCGAUUCAAAACAAAGCAUUGUCCCGACUUCUCUCCUGACAUUGUCCUACGUGUCACUUCAGUAUUGGUUCAUGCUUUUACCAGAGCAAAAACACUUUGUCCCCUGCCAAAGCCAAAAUGAUUCGAAAAGCCAUUUGUGCCCUUCGGUUUUCUAGUCAAGAAAUCAUCAAAAGAGCAGUGCUAGGGGCACUCGCUUUUUGCACUCUCCGGCCAACACUUCCCCUUUCAUUGGGCCACGUAAGCUUCUUUAAAGCUUUCAGGCGCAACCUCUCGAAAUCAAAAUAACGUGGCCCAAUAAAAGAGAAAGUGUUGGCCGGAGAGUGCAGGAGGCAAGUGCCCCUAGCAUUGCUCAUCAUCAAAAUUACUCCUUCCCGUUUCAGUUGCCCUUCGUUACUUCCUUCUCUUCCAACCUUUUCUUUCUUUGCUCUCUCAUUAUCCUUCUACUACACACCACAUAAUCUCAUUCAGACUCCCAACUCCAAAAACAAGACACAACAGUAGAACAAAAGUGAGUUCUUUAAUGCUUUCUAUGUUUUGGAAGCUCUUUGCAUCUUACAAUUCUAAUAUGAAUAUUUUGUUUUGUUUUGUCUUUGAAAUUAAUCCAAGUGUACCCAAAGGUGAAAGUGAGGCCGGAACAAAAUGAAGAUGACAGUGGUUCCGUUCAAUUUUUAGAGUCUUUCUCCAGCCAAGCUAAUUAAUACCAGUUGCCACUAUUUUUCACUAGGAUUAAUCAGUACUGCUUCUAAUUAUAUAUCCUAUAUUCCCAUGUAAUGUAUGGUUUUAUUUUCCCUCUCGUUUCUGUGCAGAGAAGGAAAAACAAUGGGAUUCUGAUUCUCCACCUAUAAUUGCCAGAGUUACCAAUUAAUGCUAAUUCAAUUU